AAAUGGUUUUACUGCAUCGUAGGACAAAACUACUGACCCAAGAAGUCGAAGUUGCAUUUUAAAGUAAUUCUAGUGCUACCAUGUAAAAAAGUGCAGGAGAUAACUGACUUUUUACCACAACAGAGAAUAAAAAAGCAACGUGAAUGGUCACUUCCCUCUACUCCCUAACUUUAAAUACCGCAUCGCGCCCCGCAUAUUGACAGUUACAUUGACGGAACGGCAACAUGGCUGUCAGCGUACCAUUCGUUGAGCCAGCAGAAUAGUAUAUACAAUAAAUAUGAAAUACAUAGGGCAGAUAAUGGUGCCAUGAGAUUCCAAUUGCGAUAUCCAAGAGGUGCAAGUUUUGCCAACUUUUCACUAACUUCCAGGGACAAACCAGGUGAAGAUCUCUAUAUGAUUGCAUUCGGUCCAGUAUAUCUGUUAAACGAUGUAACAAAAGCCAGAAAAGUUAAAUUUGUUAUGCCAAUAUCUAUAGAAGACACUUACAGAGAGUUUACCUUAAAUUGGUACAAUAAUGUAAUACAACUCCAUUAUGUGGAUCGCGAUCGACUUGUACCUAUAGUAGAAUACAGAGAUGAUCUCAUAACAUCUCGAAAUAUAGGGUUUAUAAAAUUGUAUACCUCGACAGCAACACAUGUGACGCAGUGGCUAAUUCAUAGUUUACCAAUUAAUUUGUCUCCGAAAAAUAAAAUAUUCAAAGAUGGCUGUCUGCACUGGGUGUCUAUGACUAACCGUGAUUUACCCGAGCAGGCAUUCGUUGGCGGAUUUGAAGACGAGAUAAUUUACGUAGCAAGAUCAGUACAUAACUAUUCAUUGUGCCCCGGAAAAUACAUACCUUCACAACAUCGAGUCUUCGUUCCUUGGGGCGGAGAAGAGCAUGCGAAAGAACAAUUUGAUAUUCUUUGUGGAUACAAUGCAAAAUGGGUGAAAACACAUUCAAAUAACAUACCAGAGAACGCGUUUGUAGGUGGCUUUUCUGAGCUCCGAAAAGAACCCCUAUAUAUUGGCCGCGCAAUGAUUGAAGGAAGCUUGAUUACUGGGAAAGUUCAUGUAAAUUAUAGUACAUGCUACCUGCCUUAUAAAGGCAGAGAAGUUGAAGUUUCCCGUUACGAAAUACUUGUUGAUUUCAGUGUUCCGCCACAAGCUUUAGAAAUGCCCACAUACAACGUAGCGUAGAGCGAUGGUUCGCCCAUACUAAGAAGUGUCCAAAAUCAAGAAUGCCAAUAUUUUGGGUUUUAAGUGGCACGAGUUGGUUUAUGUUAUUGAAACAAUAAAUAAAUAUGAUGUGUAUAAAUACUUAUAUACAAAAAGACAAAAUAAAUUAAAAGUC